UAACUUCUUUUGUUUGGAGAAACCCUAAAGUGAAGAAAGGAGGAGGAAAAAGGUAAAGUUGUGGAGAAAUGGAAGGUGUGAAGGAAGGCGCGUGAGACAGGGACGUAGUGGGGUCCAGCACCCACGUGCCCUCCUCCUAUCUCCACCAGCUACUUCCUUCCUUCCUUCAACUCUCAAUUUCUCUCAAUUCCAUCACAUGUCGAACUCCGACGGCACCACUAACGGCGCAAUCUCUGAGGCGCAGAGACAGCAGCAACAGCAAGGGGGGAAGGCGUUAGCCGUUAAGAAGCCGCCGUCAAAGGACCGUCACAGCAAGGUGGACGGUCGCGGGCGCCGCAUAAGGAUGCCAAUCAUAUGCGCCGCACGUGUGUUCCAGCUCACGCGCGAGCUUGGCCACAAGUCCGACGGUCAAACCAUCGAGUGGCUCCUCCGUCAGGCCGAGCCCUCCGUCAUCGCCGCCACCGGCACCGGCACCAUCCCCGCCAGCUUCUCCUCCGUCUCCCUCUCCUCCCCUUCCUCCACCUCCGACUACAAGCCCCAGUUACUCGCUCCCACUCCCUUCAUCCUCGGCAAGCGCAUACGCACCGACGAAGACUCUUCCAAAGACGAAGCUGUUUCCGUGGGCCCCUCUCUCGUGGGGCCGUAUGCCCCUCCCGGACCAGGGGUCGUCCCGGCCUGGCCCGAUUUCGGACAAAUUUGGAGUUUUGUCGCCGCCGCUGCUGCUCCCGAAAUGGUGUCGGUGCCGCAGCAGCAGCAGCAGCAGGCUUCGUUGUUCGCUCAUCACCACCGUCAGCAGCAGCAGCUGGCCAUCGGAGAAGCUUUGGCGGCGAGGGUGGGAAAUUACCUUCCGGGACAUCUGAAUUUGCUCGCUUCAUUGUCAGGUGGACCUGGGAAUUCUGGUCGGAGAGACGAUGAGCCUCGUUGAUUGUGACAUCUCUUCAACGGUGGCGGUGAGGAUGGUUGUGGACGGUGGUGGUGGUGGUGGUGUUUUUUUUUCUUCCGUAUAUAUACAUAUUCUCGUGUUGUGGUUGCUGUUUUGUUGUGUGUGGCAAGCAGGAGAUUCUUAGGGUUAGGUUUUCCCUUAUAUUUUGAGUGGAGAAGUCCAUCAAUUAAGAAGACAUUCAAUUAGGGUUUUUUGUUUUACUUCCUGCUGGUUUGGAAAACUUAACUAGGUUUUUAGAUGUUGGAUAAUUGUUUUAGAUUCUGGUGCUUUGUUGGAGGAGAGGAGGAAGAAAAAGGGAGAAUGUAAUGAACUGAUGAUUUAAUUUGUGAAAUUGUGAUGGUGAGAAAUUGGUACCGAUUGAGUCUGGAAUUGGGUUUCAGAAGCUUGGUCCGUGUGCUAGUACAGUUGAAUUUGUAAUGUAAUGUUGUACUUCUUCAAAUUGAAGAGCAUGGAUUGGAUUGCAUUGUUGAUUCUGUUUCACUUUCAUAGUGGGUUUUGGGCUUUGACUGACUGGGUCUACACGUUUGGUGGUGGCUGUGGUUGCUGUUGAGGUAAUUAGUGAUUGCAAGCUUGUUUCUGAGGCGAGUGAAUUGUGUUUCCAAAGUUCAACUGUCACUUCCAGAAUGUUGGAGAACCCUAAUACUUUCCAACUUGGGUUGAGAAUUCAUGUCUCUUGGAUGCUGUUGGGGGCAUGUUUUGAGGGAUUGAGGUUCAUGUAAGGUGGUCAUGUUGUGAAUUUGGUGCAGCUGCGGGGGACUUAUGCUCUCUGACCCUAUCUCCUCCACUUUCACACUCCUUGAUGGUCUUUGUUGUUUUCAGAAAUGAGACUGGUGAGUGGAAGAUGAAAAAAAGAAGAAGAAAGCUCUGGUUGUACUCCGUAUGACUGACUUCUGUUUUGAGAUUUUUAUCUUCAAUUCUUAGCCAUUUAUUAGAUUGAUCAGCGUGAGAAUAAUGUUUUCUUGUAUGUAAGUGGAUUGUUUUGGGGUGCCAGUGAUUUGAAUAAAAAACUCAUCUUUUCUUCACUUGUC